UUGCAGCCCCAGUCGGCGGCCACUCCGGGGCAGACAGAGGCCACGCGCGCCAAAAGGCGGCGGGAAGGAGGCGGGGCGAGAGCGCCCGGGACCCCGACUCGGACGCGGCCAGCUGGGGGGGCGGAGCGCCGCGCGGCAACCCGGGUCCCGGCCUAACCGCGCCGCCAGCCCUUCUCCAGCGCGGGCUGAGCGGCCCGCGCUACCUUCCCGCGCGGCCGGCUGCGGAAGGCGCUAACUCCGCGGCCACCCCUCCCCGCAGCGCCUCCCCUCCCCGCGCCCAUAUAACUCGCCUCGGCGGCCCGCCGCCCGCCCUGCCUCCCCGCCCGAGGCCGCCCGGCUUCACCGGUCUCUCGGCCCGCGACUGCCACGCGCCCACAGAGGGCUCUCCGGGCCAGGCUGAGCCAGCGCCAGGCCGCGCGUCCAUGCCCGGGGCCCCGACGGCACCAGGUGACCAGGACGCUGCUGCUGCUGCUGCUGUUGCUGCUGCUGCCACCACCCACCAGGGGAGCCAGGAGCUGAGGGCCUCUGCCCGAUCCAAGACCCUCUGAGCCCAGGCUUGGCCAAGAGUGAGCUGCUCUUGGGAUCCUUGUGGGGAAGAUGUCCCAGUCAUCAUCCACCGACGAGGGAGCCACAUUUGAGCAUCUUUGGAGUUCUCUAGAGCCAGACAGCACCUACUUUGAUCUUCCCCAGCCAAGCAGGGUGAAUAAUGAGGUGGUGGGCAACGCAGAGGCCAACAUGGAUGUCUUCCAGCUGCAGGGCAUGACUUCGUCUGUCAUGUCCCAGUUCAAUCUGCUCAGCAGCACCAUGGACCAAAUGAACGGCCGAGCGGCCUCUGCCAGCCCCUACACCCCGGAGCACGCUGCUAGCGCACCCACCCACUCGCCCUACGCACAGCCCAGCUCCACCUUCGACACUAUGUCUCCGGCACCGGUCAUCCCUUCCAACACCGACUACCCCGGCCCCCAUCACUUCGAGGUCACCUUCCAGCAGUCCAGCACAGCCAAGUCAGCCACCUGGACGUACUCCCCACUGUUGAAGAAACUCUACUGCCAAAUUGCCAAGACAUGCCCUAUCCAGAUCAAGGUGUCCACUCCGCCACCCCCAGGGACUGCCAUCCGCGCCAUGCCUGUCUACAAGAAAGCAGAGCACGUCACAGAAGUUGUGAAGCGCUGCCCCAACCAUGAACUUGGAAGGGACUUCAACGAAGGACAGUCUGCCCCGGCCAGCCACCUCAUCCGUGUGGAGGGCAACAAUCUUUCCCAGUAUGUGGAUGAUCCGGUGACCGGCAGGCAGAGCGUCAUGGUGCCCUAUGAGCCCCCACAGGUGGGGACGGAAUUCACCACCAUCCUGUACAACUUCAUGUGCAAUAGCAGUUGUGUGGGAGGCAUGAACCGGCGUCCCAUCCUCAUCAUAAUCACCUUGGAAACUCGGGAUGGGCAGGUGCUGGGCCGCAGGUCCUUUGAGGGACGCAUCUGUGCCUGUCCUGGUCGAGACCGGAAAGCUGAUGAGGAUCACUUCCGGGAGCAGCAGGCCCUGAACGAGAGUGCUGCCAAGAAUGGGGCUGCCAGCAAGCGCGCCUUCAAGCAGAGCCCCCCUGCCAUCCCUGCCCUGGGCACCAAUGUGAAGAAAAGGCGGCAUGGAGAUGAAGACAUGUACUAUAUGCACGUGCGGGGCCGAGAGAACUUUGAGAUCUUGAUGAAGGUCAAAGAGAGCCUGGAGCUGAUGGACCUGGUACCACAGCCACUGGUGGACUCUUACAGGCAGCAGCAGCAACAGCUCCUACAGAGGCCGAGCCAUCUGCAGCCUACAACCUAUGGACCGGUGCUCUCACCCAUAAACAAAGUGCAUGGAGGUGUCAACAAACUGCCCUCAGUCACCCAGCUGGUGGGCCAGCCACCUCCGCAUGGCUCUGCAGCAGGGCCCAACCUGGGGCCCAUGGGCCCUGGGAUACUCAACAACCACAGCCAUGCACUGCCAUCCAAUGGCGAGAUGAAUGGCGGCCACAGCUCCCAGCCCAUGGUGUCAGGGUCCCAUUGCACCCCACCGCCCCCCUACCAUGCUGACCCCAGCCUGGUCAGUUUUCUAACAGGAUUGGGGUGUCCAAACUGCAUCGAAUAUUUCACUUCCCAAGGGUUACAGAACAUUUACCACCUGCAGAACCUAACAAUAGAGGACCUCGGGGCCCUGAAGAUCCCUGAUCAGUACCGGAUGACCAUCUGGAGGGGCCUGCAGGACCUGAAGCAGAGCCACGACUACGGGGGUGCUCAGCAGCUGAUCCGCUCCAGCAGCAACGCCUCCACCAUCUCCAUCGGCAGCUCCGGGGAGCUGCAGCGCCAGCGCGUCAUGGAGGCCGUCCACUUCCGCGUGCGCCACACCAUCACCAUCCCCAACCGGGGUGGCCCCGGAGGGGGUGCAGGGCCCGACGAGUGGGCGGACUUCGGCUUCGACCUCCCGGACUGCAAGUCCCGGAAACAGUCCAUCAAGGAGGAGUUCACGGAGGGCGAGCUCAACUGAGGGGGCGUGGUGGAGGGGAGAGCGCGGGUGCGCCCCCUGAAGAUUUGCUGGAUCACUGCUUCCUUUUCUUCAGAAGCUGCCUGGGCAGGGUGGGACCUCUCGGGCUGUGGAAGGCCAGGCCAGUGCAGCCCACGCAUCAGCCAUCAGGCCUCCGCAGCGGCCGUGCCUGGCUGGGAACCCUGGAGUGCGCAGAGACGCCACCCUCCCCCUAAUAAAGGGGUGGCCCCUGCUGAUGGACUGCCCAAAAAGUAUUUUUUUGAUGUCCUCGGGUCCUGGGUAUUUCAGGCCAGUGCUUCAGACUGUCUCUGCCCAAAGGCUGGGUCCCUUUGCUGGACUGAAGGGUCUCAGGCUUGACCACUAGAUCAAAUGCUCAAGGGUCAGAAUGGGAGAGGCUGGGUGGGCAAGAGGGCACUGCCCAAUGUGAUCCCAGCAGGAACUGAGGACCCUGCAGGCCGAUGCUACCAGCUAGGGCCCAGCCACCUCUCUCCAGUGACCCUCUCAGCAUAGAAACAAGAGAGGAUACACCUUGGACUACUGGAAAUUGUCAAUAUUUGAUAAAAA